AUGGAGAACACAAUUAAGGUCGAAGGGUAUCCGUCAAUGGAAUGGCCCACUUCCUUAGAUAUCCCAUUAAAGGCCUCGGAAGAAUUGGUCGGUAUCGACCUAGAAACUGACUUACCGGAUGAUCCCACAGAUUUGAAGACUCUAUUAGUCGAGGAAAGCUCUGAAAAGGAACAUUGGCUAACCAUUGCUCUUGCUUACUGCAAUCACGGGAAAACCAACGAAGGUAUAAAACUGAUUGAAAUGGCUUUAAAUGUUUUCCAAAACUCUGAAAGGGCUUCACUACACACUUUUUUGACCUGGGCACAUUUAAAUCUGGCAAAGGGACACUCGCUUAGUAUGGAAACCAAAGAGCAGGAACUUACACAAGCUGAAUUGAAUUUAAAGGAUGCUAUUGGAUUUGACCCCACAUGGAUCGGAAACAUGUUGGCUACAGUCGAGUUGUAUUACCAGCGUGGGCAUUACGACAAAGCUCUGGAAACCUCUGACCUUUUUGUCAAGAGUAUUCAUGCCGAAGAUCAUAGGUCGGGAAGGCAAUCUAAACCCAAUUGUUUGUUUUUACUUCUAAGAGCGAAAUUAUUAUACCAAAAGAAGAACUAUAUGGCCAGUUUGAAAAUCUUUCAAGAAUUACUAGUUAUCAACCCUGUUUUGCAACCAGAUCCCCGUAUCGGUAUCGGUUUAUGCUUUUGGCAGUUAAAGGAUCCUAAAAUGGCUAUCAAAUCGUGGCAGAGGGCUCUCCAAAUAAAUUCAAAGAACACAAGCGCCUCAAUACUAGUAUUGCUAGGUGAAUUUCAUGACUCUUUGAUUGACUCUUCUAAUGAUGACACUUUUAAGGAAGCUUUUGGAAAGGCAUUGAUUGACUUAAACACUGUUUUCUCUGAAAACCAAAAUCAUCCUGUUUUAUUGACAUUGUUACAAACUUACUACUAUUUUAAAGGCGAUUAUCAGACUGUUUUGAAUAUUUACCAUCACAAAAUUAUUAAAAUGAGUCCCUUAAUAGCCAAGACUGUCCUAUCGGAAUCUUCCUUCUGGUGUGGUAGGGCACAUUAUGCAUUAGGCGAUUAUCGUAAAUCUUUCAUUAUGUUUCAAGAAAGUUUAAAGAAAAAUGAGGAUAAUUUAUUGGCGAAACUAGGGCUGGGUCAAACUCAAAUAAAAAAUAACUUACUAGAGGAGAGUAUCAUUACUUUUGAGAAUCUUUACAAGACAAACGAAAGUUUACAAGAACUAAAUUAUAUCCUGGGCAUGCUUUAUGCGGGCAAGGCCUUAGAUGGCAAGAUGAUCAAAAACCUUCCCGCGAAGGAAUUGAGUAACCUAAAUGAAAAGGCUUUGAAGUAUUUAGAGAGGUACCUCAAAUUGGCGCUUGCCAUGAAGAAUCAACUAAUCAUAUCCAGAGCUUAUCUUGUGAUUUCUCAACUUUACGAAUCUCAAAAUCAGUAUAAAACCUCAUUGGAUUAUCUUUCCAAAGCCCUGGAAGAAAUGGAGUUCAUCAAUCAAAAUGAAAUUCCCUUGGAUAUACUAAACAAUUUGGCUUGUUACCAUUUCAUUAACGGUGAUUUGACCAAGGCUGAUGACUUCUUCAAGCAAGCCAAGGCAAAAGUUAGCGGAACGGAUGAAAGUGUCAAUGUUACACUUGAAUACAAUAUUGCCAGAACUAAUGAAAAAAAUGAUCCGGAAAAAUCUGAAUGUAUAUAUUCCCAAAUCACAUCUUCACAUCCAGCGUAUAUUGCGGCAAGAAUAAGAAAUCUAUACCUAAAGUUUGCUCAAUCAAAGAUUGAAGACUCAGCUAUGAGUGUACAAAUGGAUGACCUGUUAGAAGUGAACAAGUCAGAUCUAGAGAUCCGUUCAUUUUAUGGUUGGUAUUUGAAGAAUAGUAAAGAAAGGAAAAACAACGAGAAGAGCACAACGCAUAACAAGGAAACUUUGGUGAAAUAUAGCUCCCAUGAUGCUUACGCACUGAUUUCCCUCGCUAAUCUAUACGUGACUAUUGCAAGGGAUGGAAAAAAGUCCAGAAAUCCUAAGGAACAAGAAAAAUCAAAGCAUUCUUAUUUGAAAGCUAUCCAGCUAUACCAAAAGGUUUUACAAGUUGAUCCGUACAAUAUUUUCGCUGCUCAAGGUGUUGCAAUCAUUUUCGCAGAAAGUAAAAGAUUGGGACCCGCUCUGGAAAUUUUGAGGAAGGUAAGAGACUCUUUGGACAAUGAAGAUGUUCAAUUAAACCUUGCCCAUUGUUAUUUGGAAAUGCGCGAAUUUGGAAAAGCCAUUGAAAAUUAUGAAUUGGCUUUGAAGAAGUUCGACAAUGAAACUAUGAGACCGCAUAUUCUGAAUUUAUUGGGUAGAGCUUGGUACGCACGCGGUAUGAAGGAAAGAUCAGUGAGUUUUUUUCAAAAGGCUUUAGAAAAUGCUAAAACUGCCUUGGAACUUUUUGUUAAGCAAUCUACUAAAAACAAGUUCAUCCACAGUGUGAAAUUCAAUAUAGCUUUGUUGCAAUUCCAAAUUGCAGAAACAUUAAGAAGAUCGAAUCCUAAGUUCAGAACCGUUCAACAAAUCAAGGAUUCGUUGGAGGGCCUGGAAGAAGGUCUAUCACUAUUCAAAGACUUGAAUGACUUGAAAGAUUUCAACAUGAUCCCCAAAGAAGAGUUAGAACAACGUAUCCAAUUGGGUGAAACCACCAUGAAAAGUGCACUAGAACGUUCCUUGAAUGAGCAAGAAGAAUAUGAGAAAGAACAAAGCGCGAAAAUCGAUGAAGCACGUAAAACUCUGGAAGAAAACGAAGUAAAGGAACAGGAAAGGAUAAAACAAGAGGAGGAAACCAAGCGUUUGAAAUUAGAAAAACAAGCGGAAGAGUAUAAGAGACUUCAAGAUGAGGCACAAAAAUUGAUCCAGGAGCGUGAAGCCAUGGCCAUAAGCGACCAUAAUGUGAAGGACGAUUCAGAUCUCUCUGACAAUGAUAAUGAGUAUGACGAAGAAAAAUCAAAACAGAAAAGAAAGAGAUCCACCAAGGCGAAAAAUGAUGGUGGACCCAAGAGAAGGAAAACUACUAAAAAGGUUGUCUCUGAUAGCGACGAAGAUGAAGACGAUGUGGUGAAAAAACCUUCGCACAAUAAGGGCAAAAAAUCCCAACUAUCAAAUGAAUUUAUCGAAGAUAGCGAUGAAGACGAAGCACAGAUGAGUGGUUCCGAAAGCAAUAAAAACGGUGGCAACGAGGAGGACAAUAAUAAUAACGAUCAUGAUGAUGAUGGCGACGGCGAAUUGUUCUGA